CAAACUGACAGAUCAUAACCUUAAACUGCUGCAGAGCCUUGUAGUUUGACGUGGCAGACAGACGGUCAAAGGCUGCUGCUGCACUCACUGCAAGUCAAGUCAAGUACCUGCAUAAAACCAAUGCCAAGCCCUGUUACUAAGAAUGACUCAACCCUCGCCCAAAGACGAUCUCCCCACAAUUCCUUCCUUCCCAUUCAUCCCACCAAACGCGAAUCCCACAAAUUUCUUUGCCAGGCGUUUCUGCCCCCCCUCUUGCCCUUUGUCUUCCCCGGUUUCAACAAGCCAUGACUGCCCCCGUCGACUCGACGUCGGGCUCCACGCCAGCAGCCGGUUCGGCGGACGCGCAGAAGCCCAACAGCGAGGCCAGAACGGGGCAACCACCCCCGCCGACCGCGACUCCGACCUCGACGACUUCCAAGCCCGCCAAAGCAGCAAAUGGCGCGACGAAACCGCCGGGCAAGGCCAAAGGCGGUGCUGUCGAGGGCGGCGAGGAGACCCUCACGGGAGCGGAGCUGAAGAAACGAGCCAAGGCCGAGAAAGCAGCCCGCCGGGCAAAGGAAAAACUGGAGCGAGAACAGGCCGGAGGAGGCGGCGGCGGCGGCGGCGGCGAUAGUGCCGGUGCUGGUGGUGCUGGCGCUGCAGGAACGGGACAGACUGCUCCCCCCUCGGCCAAGAAGGGAGGUCAAGCGAUGGGAGCCAAGGAGGCGGCGGCGAUCGGACUGCAGAAGGGCCAGAAACAGGCGGCGCCGCGGCGUGGGUCGGCGCAGGUGGUGCAGCAGGGCGGUGGGGUUGUCGAGCCUAAAAAGAAGAAGGAAGAUAAGAAGGUGGCUGUCUUUGGACACCUGUACGGCCAGCAGAGGAGGACCACCAUUGCCGGCGCCGCCAAGGAGGUGCAUCCUGCGGUGUUGGCGCUGGGAUUGCAGAUGAGAGAUUAUGUGAUUUGUGGGAGCAACGCUCGCUGCGUGGCUACAUUGCUUGCUUUCAAGAGGGUUAUCGAAUCGUAUACGACCCCCUUGGGAACUUCCCUCGCCCGGCACUUGACCACCCAUCUUUCACAUCAGAUCACCUAUCUUUCCACCUGCCGUCCGCUCUCGAUUAGUCAGGGCAACGCGAUCCGGGCGCUGAAGCUUCAUAUCUCCUCCGUCGACCCUUCUGUUCCCGAGGCGGCGGCCAAGGCGUCGCUGUGCGACUUUAUCGACAGCUUCAUCCGCGAGAAGAUCACGGUGGCGGACCAGGUUAUUGCUACGAGCGCCGCACAGAAGAUCCAGGACGGCGACGUGAUCGUGACAUUUGCCGGCAGCUCGAUCGUCAAACAAACACUGUUGACGGCCUACAAGCAGGGCAAAAAAUUCCGGGUCUCCAUCAUCGACUCGCGGCCCCUCUUUGAGGGCAAGAAUCUCGCCCGCGUCCUCGCCAAGGCCGGCCUGGACGUCCAGUACUCGCUGGUGCAUGGCAUCAGCCAUGCGAUCAAAGAUGCCACCAAGGUCUUUCUAGGUGCGCAUGCCAUGACCAGCAACGGCCGACUGUAUUCGCGCGUUGGCACUGCGCUGGUCGCCAUGUCCGCCAAGGAGCGUGCCGGCGGUGUCGAGAUCCCCGUCAUCGUCUGCUGCGAGACCGUCAAGUUUACGGACCGAGUUGCGUUGGACAGUAUCGUCGUGAACGAGAUCGCCGAUGCUGACGAGCUGGUAACUGCCGAGCCCUUGGCUCAGGUCACCGGCCUGAUGGACAAGGCAGCCUCCCAGCCAGAAGCCUCGACAACAGCUAAGAAGGGCAACAACAAACCCGCUGCGCCGAGUCCGUUGACCGAGUCGCACGCUGGCAUGCGGAGCACGGCCUCGGCCUCGCCUCUGAAGGACUGGCGGGACACGCCGAACCUGCAGCUGCUGAAUCUCAUGUACGACGCCACCCCGGCCGAGUACGUCGACAUGGUCGUCACAGAGAUGGGCAGCUUGCCUCCGAGCGCGGUCCCAAUCGUGCACCGCAUGAGCACGAAUUCUUAACUCUGUACCUUGUACCUUACUACAUGGUACUCGCUGUUGACUUGGGUCAUUUCGGGACAUAGAAGGAAAACUCGCAUGGAAUCUCAUUGUACACCUUGACUAAAAUCUUAUUAGCGAAUGGACUGGGACAUCAGAGUAACCAUACAUGAGGAUAAUAGUAACAGUAACCA